AUACAACAAGAACAAGUAUUAAGAAUUGCUUAUAUGAACGAAAGUGACUAAUUAGGAACAUGGUUAAAAUCAUUCUUUGCACUUGCAUAUCUCCCAUUUACCGAAAUUGAGGAUGGUUUUCUUGAACUAAUGGCUACGUGUCCGAACGAAAAAUAUGGUCAUAUUUUUUCUGACUAUGUACUAAAAACAUAUAUUGAACCAGAAUGUCCAUUUCCUCCAGAAAUGUGGGCUCAAGAACCAAAUACGAAUCCUCGUAUCACAAAUGGACCUGAAAGCUUUCAUAGGACUUAUAAUGGAAAAUUCCACAGUGCUCAUCCUCCAACACAUGUUGUUAUUCAAAUAUUGAAAGAAACUCAAAUGCAAACCAGAUCGAUUAUACAAUCAGUUAAUAAUGGGAGAGUAAAGAAAAUGUACAAAGUACAAAGUACCCACCACUAACGUGUAUUAUAAGACCUAUAAAAUUUAAUAUAAAAAAUAAA